UGGCCUCAAGAGAUCCUCCCCCUCCGCGGUAUCCCAAAGCAGUGGGAUUACAGGCAUGAACCACCUCACCUGGCCUCCUUUAAUCUUAACUUCUAUCCAAGCUCUACUCACAGAGGACUCGUGUUGAACCAAGAUGCUUCAUGCAACAGCCCCACUGAGCUCCCAGCAGAUGCUAGCACCAUUCGUCAUCCAUGAUAAGCCUCCAGUGCAAUCACUUACGUUAAGAAAUUGAGAGACUGUUGAUAUAAACUGCUUCCUGAGCCAUAUGGAAACCUGUAUCUUCUGCAGGUUGCUUGUGUGAUAUGGGUAAAGGAGUUUCUGAUUGAGCCUUGGGAAGAAGAAAUAGUACAGAAGAACAAAGAAUAAUAAUGUAUCAGCUGGACAGAAGAUGGGAGUCAUCAGAUUUAUACCCCAGUUACUUGACCCAUCAACAGACUGGUUUUUGGGUUCUGGAUGCAACACAUUUGAAACACCCAAGAAUGUCAAUAAUCUGUCUACAAAACAUCAAACUCAAGGAAUAUCAGUCUGAAAUCCAGAAAACAGACUCGGCACUGCCUCUGCGCAACCCCGUGGGCCUGGCUCAGGAGGGGGCCGGGGCCAGCACGAUGAGUACCCCAAGCAGCCCCGACCAAGCCUAUGACUUCCUGCUCAAGUUCCUGCUGGUGGGUGACAGCGACGUGGGCAAGGGCGAGAUCCUGGAGAGCCUGCAGGACGGUGCAGCCGAGUCCCCAUACAGCUACCUAGGGGGGAUUGACUACAAGACGACCACCAUCCUGCUGGACGGCCAGCGGGUGAAGCUGAAGCUCUGGGAUACAUCGGGGCAGGGAAGAUUUUGUACCAUAUUCCGCUCGUAUUCUCGUGGUGCCCAAGGAGUGAUCCUGGUGUACGACAUUGCAAACCGCUGGUCGUUCGAGGGUAUGGAUCGAUGGAUUAAGAAGAUUGAUGAGCAUGCCCCGGGUGUCCCUAAAAUCCUGGUGGGGAAUCGCCUACAUCUGGCAUUCAAGAGGCAGGUGCCCAGGGAGCAGGCCCAGGCCUACGCCGAGCGCCUGGGCGUGACCUUCUUUGAGGUCAGCCCCCUGUGCAAUUUCAACAUCAUAGAGUCUUUCACGGAGCUGGCCAGGAUCGUGCUGCUGCGGCACAGGAUGAAUUGGCUCGGGAGGCCGAGCAAGGUACUGAGCUUGCAAGACCUCUGCUGCCGCGCCAUUGUGUCCUACACACCUGUACACCUGGUCGACAAGCUCCCGCUCCCCAUUGCCUUAAGAAGCCACCUCAAGUCCUUCUCCAUGGCCAAGGGCCUGAAUGCCAGGAUGAUGCAAGGCCUCUCCUACUCCCUUACCGCCAGCUCCGCUCACAAUAGGAGCAGCCUCUGCAAAGUGGAGAUCGUCUGCCCACCCCAGAACCCACCCAAAAACUGCACCAGAAAUAGCUGCAAAAUUUCUUAAGGAAGGCACCAAAAAGAAACAAGCUGGAAUCUCUCCAGGAAAAACUCUGAAUGGUUACAUCUGGAAGAUGGGAAGACACAUUCUAGAUUUGAGAAAUAUGUUUUCAGUUUCUCAUGGGAACCAUGCUGCUUGGCAAUGUGUGUGAUGCCUUCUGUCAAUAACAGCACCUUA